AUGGAUCUCGCCGCUUGGCAAAACACCGCGCAAUUCGCUGCGCGGUUCGGCACGGCAGCUCGCGGGUUGCGCGGAGCCUUUCCGUUCCGCGCGCCUGCGGGAAUUUCCGCGAGGAGGGGCGCUGGAGCGCACCCCAGCAGAUGGCCAGCCUCGCGCACACGCGCGGAAGCGGGGAGCGCGACGGAAAUGGCGGACGCGGAAGCGGCAGCGGAGGCAAAACCAAGCGACGCCGCGUGGCGCGAGGCGGCGCGGGUGGGGGAGGAGAUUAAGGCGUGCUACGACGUGGUGGAGCGCAUGGGGCGCGGGUUCGUGUACCUGGGGUCGUCGCGCGUGGCGGAGGACCACCCCUUCUUCCGCCAAUCGCUCGCGCUCAGCCGCGAGAUAGCGGAGCAGUACAGCAGCACCACAUGGUCGGGCAUCGGGCCGGGCCUCAUGGAUGCUGUCGCCCUUGGUGCCGAAGCUGUCAACAGGCCAGUGGCGGGCUUUAAGAUAGUGUCUGAGGCGCGCCAAGCCCAGGCUGCCUUCGUGCAUCCCAGGCUGCCCCCUCACUCCUAUGUCACCUGCCAGUCCGUGUUAGCUCGCAAGCAAGGCUUUCUCAUGGCGGGGAGUCGAGCCACAGAGGCACAUGUGGCAGGCUUCAUUGCCCUGCCGGGCGGCGUGGGCACACUGGAUGAAAUUCUUGAUUUCCUGGCGCUGCGGCAGCUGGGAGUAGGGGCAGGGGCACCAGGCCAAGGGUCUCUGGGUGUGAGCUCGAGUCAGAGUGUGUCGAGGAAACGGACACAAGGACUCCCGGUGCCGUUUCUGCUCAUGGACUAUGAGGGCUGCUACCAGCCGUUGCUGGCCUGCAUGCAGGAAAUGCAGCAGUGGGGAUUGGUGGAUGAAGGGGAGGUGGAGUCGCUUUGGCAUGUUUGCACAAGUAAUGACGAGGCCUUGGACUUCCUCCAGAAGUUUUAUUGCUGA